AUGCUUAAUGAGCAUGUGGACGUUCGCGGCGAUCACGCAAAGCUUGCCAGGGAAACUGGCGCCAAAAGCACUGUUCUUUUGAAGAGCGUCAAUAAGACUCUUCCAUUGACAGGGAAGGAGAAGCUGACUGCGACUUUUGGAGAGGAUGCCGGACCGAACAUCAAUGGUCCUAACAGCUGCAAGUUCCGGACCUGUGACAGCGGCACUCUUGCCGUGGGCUGGGGAUCCGGAGCACCGGAGUUUACUAAUCUCAUCACACCGGACACAGCCAUUCAGAACAAGUUUGUGAAGUACGGCGGCGCCUAUGAGUCCAUCCUCACCAACUGGGCCCCUGCUGAGCAGAUCGAUAUCCUUGCUCGCCGUGCGGAUGUUUCACUUGUGUUCGUCAACAGCAACAGCGGGGAGGGGCAAGUUUUCGAGAACAAUUAUGGAGAUCGCAACAACCUGACUCUCUGGAAAAACGGAGAGGAACUGGUCAAGCGAGUCGCCAGCAGCUGCCCCAAUACGGCCGUUGUCGUCCACUCGACUGGGGCCGUUAUCCUAGAGGAUAUCAAGCAGAAUCCCAAUGUGACAGCUCUGCUCUGGGCUGGACUUCCCGGAGAUCUUCUGAGAUUUAGAAAUAUCAUUUGUUGA